UUAACUACCUUCCAAUAAUCCCCCCACCAAAAUAAUCCCCCGUUUGUUUCUCAGAAAAUCCCAAUCCUAAACCGACUAUCCUAAAACUCCCAAAUCCCCCCAACCAUUCCUCUCCACCAAACAGACCCUUACUAUUCCUCGGUGCAGAGCUAACGGCCAAAACUCCACGCCAUUCCAAGCGUAAAUCCCACAUGACCCCCAAUUGCUGACGCAACUUCCCGUUAACCAAGCACCGAUAAAAUCCAUCGAUUUUCACAAAUCCAAUUACCAAAUUCGUCCCUAGGGUUUCACUCUCCAAUUCCCGUCGACCCGAUCGCGUCGAUUGUUUAGGGUUCUUCUGUGGAAUUGGAGAUAUGACGUUUGUCGUGAACGAUGAGGAAAAAGAUUGUGUGGUGCCGUUGUUGAAGCCUAGGGAUGAUAAUGGGGAUGAUUGCGUGAAAUUGGGGGUAUCGGAUGAUUGCGGUGAAGCUGGUGGGGACCGACAGGCUGCGUCUCCUGUGUUCGUGAGCAGGUGGUGUUGUUUGUUGUGGUGGGCUAAAAUGUUUGUUCUGUUGAUCUUCGGCGGCGUUCUGGCUGCCGUGUUUCUCUUAUGGGUCGGACCCUUCUUUAUGGAUAAGACAAUUAUCCCUAUUAUCAACUGGGAGAGAAAAACAUUCAGCACACCAUUGCUCGCAGUUUUAAUCUUUGCUUCUGUGGCAUUGUUCCCAUCUUUACUGCUUCCUUCUAGUCCGUCAAUGUGGCUGGCUGGUAUGACUUUCGGAUAUGGAUUUGGAUUUCUACUAAUCAUUGGUGGUGUCGUUAUCGGAGUAUCUCUUCCAUAUUUCAUUGGUUCACGCUUCUAUGAUAAAAUUCAUGGUUGGUUAGCAAAAUAUCCAAAAAAAGCUUCCAUGAUAAGAUUAGCAGGUGAAGGAAAUUGGCUUGACCAGUGUCGGGAUGUCACUUUAAUCAGGAUUUCUCCAUUCCCGUACAUAAUAUACAAUUACUGCGCUGUAGCAACAAAUGUUAAGUAUGGUCCUUAUCUCCUGGGAUCAUUGAUUGGUAUGGUGCCAGAAAUCUUCGUUGCAAUUUACACUGGUUUACUAAUACGAGCUUUGGCUGACGCUUCACAUGAACGCCGCUCCCUCUCAGCACCACAGAUAAUCUGUAAUGUUCUUGGCUUCUGUUUAACUGUGGCAACCACAAUAACAGUUACGAUAUAUGCAAAAAGACGUCUCAAGCAACUGCAUAAGGAGGAGGAGGUGCUGUUGCGGUAAGCUUUGAUUCUGGUUCUGGUACGGGUUUAAGGGGUACUACUCUGGCCAAAGUGCUGACCGAGGCAAAAGGUUAAUGUGAUCGACAUCUACUGUGAACCAGUAUAUCUGAUUGUAAAAGGAAAACAAAAGAAAGUAGUUUUUACAUUUGUGCCAUUUUUAUCUCCCAGUUGGUCUCUUGUAUAUGUCGUAAAGUAUAGUGCUUAAAUGUUUUAUUGACCUCAGUUGGCAUUCUUUAGACUUGAAACUGAACAGCAUUUUCUUGCCUUGCGGGCUUCUAAAAUGUUGUAUAUAUGACAUUCCUGAUUGUCUUGAUUAAAGCCUGCGUUUUCUGUUA